UAGAUGCAAAGAGAUAACUGAAGAGAAAAAGAUGGCAGCUUUGAGUUUGAGUUCCAUGGCUAUGUCAUGUCUACAUUCACUUUCUAGCAACCAAAGUUGCUUCCUUUCAUCUCAAUUUUCAAAACCCUUGUUCGUAUUCCCAUCUCAGAAGAAACCCAGAUUCUCUUUUUCCUUUUGCCUCAAGGAAAGUGAUCGUGGCAUUGAAGAAGACAAAGAGGCAGAGGAAGAGGAAGAAGAAGAGUGUUCGGUUGUGUCAGCAGUGAGAAGCAGAUACAAUGAGAUUGUUAUAGUGGAUACUGUUGCUUCUAGAUAUCUUCUUCUUGAUUCAACUAGGAAUGUGCAUAGUGUUAUCAACAAAGGAGGGCAUAACUGGACUGGAUCUUAUUGGGAUGAGUCUGCAAGUUUGCCGCCUAUUAUCCCUGAUGGUCCCAUUGCGAUCUAUGGCUUGGGUGGUGGAACAGCUGCAAGAUUGAUUCUUGAGUUGUGGCCUUCAACGCAGCUUGAAGGUUGGGAAAUCGAUGAAAUUUUGAUUGAGAAAGCUAGAAAUUAUCUCGGACUGUCUGAACUAGAGAUACCGACAUCAAAAGGCGGUAGACUUAGUAUUCAUGUAGAUGAUGCUCUCUCACAUUCUCAAGAUGAUUCAGGAAGAUAUGCUGGGAUCAUCGUUGAUUUGUUCGCCGAUGGGAAGGUCUUAGAUCAGCUACAAGAGGUUCCAAUAUGGCUGGAACUAGCUAGUCGGUUAAUGCCUAACGGUCGCCUUAUGGUGAACUGUGCGGGAAUCGAAUCAGAAAUAGUGAAUGGAAAACCACAGUUGGUGUUAGAUGAUUUAGCUUGGAAGUUGAAUUCAACAGUCAAGUUCUUGUCAGAAGCAUUUCCUGGACAAGUUAGCUGGAAGAGAACACCAGAUUCAAAAGGUCUCAACUUUGUUGCUUUAACCGGUGGCUUACCGGAUCUUAGUGACUGGUCUAACAAGGUUCCACUACGUUUAUGUGAAACAGUGAAACUAUGGAAGCUUUGCGAGACUCCUUUAGAAACUGGUGCUUUGAAUACAUCUUAGCAUCUAAGAGUUUUAACUUCUUUAAGGACAAGAUUUUGUCACAUUAUCACAUGUGAAUAGUGAACGUUGUGUAUGAUUUGUAUACACACAAAUGGACAAAAGAAAGUUAUAUGAGAAA